CCUCGCUUCCUGAACUCUGACUAGCCGCCCCAGCAGCGGCGGGUUGUGAUGAAGCUUUUGGUUCCCGCUUCCUCUGCAUCCUUCUCAAUGCACCGCGUGGCCAAUGUGGUUUAGCUGUGGUUGCCCUGCUGCAUAUGUACAAUUUCCUGCAUGCAUACAAUGUCUGCAUAGAUUCAGAUAUAUUCACUUAGACGCCUUGACUUAUCGGUUUUCAUCUAUUCACGUACGAGAAACAGCGUAAUGUCCCCCCGUGAUUUUUCUAUCCAAGGACCAGAGGAUCUUAUUACUACCAUUCAGGCAUCAGAGACUAUAUUUGUCCCUGCGUACACGUAUUCGACCACGAGGCGCGCUUCAGGAAAUUCAGAGUUAGUUUUUCAAGGGAUGGGAGCCAAUCGCUGCCGCUGCGGUAUUGGGAAUCAGGCGACAUUGGGAGUCGAACCCGCGUCGACGGGAGCUCCCGCGGCGAUGGCCGGCGACGCCAUGCGACGAGUCGUCGAAUGGCGGGAAAAGCACGUCGCAGCAGUCGCACGUGACGUCGCUGACGAUCCGGCGAGGCUACCGGCGAGGCCUGCAGGGGCUUCGCAGUGGGAAUCGGAGGGUCGUGCGCCUAGGGACGUGUGCGACACAGACUGGCGACUAUCUGACGGAUAUCAUCCGUCGCACAGAUUCGCCGAGAUCUCCGCGAAAGAGGCCCGCGAAGCCGUGAGCGAAGAGCAGCUCGCUGGAAUGCGACGAAGCAUCCACGAAUCAGCGUACGACAUGUGGAUUGCAGAGGACCUCCUAAUGAGCACGCUUAAAGAGGCCCUGGCGCGGCAAACGACCCGUUAUAAGCAGUCCCGAGACUGUCUCAGCCCACGCAUCACGAGAAGGUUGAGGGAUACAGGACGGUGUAGCAGCAGCAGCGGCAGCAGCCUUAGCAGCCCCAAUCACAGCAGGAAUAGCAGCAACUGUUGUGGGGCAUGUCAGUGCAGCAGCAGCGACAACGUUGGCAGCAGCAAUGGCUGCAGCAGCAACUGCAGCAACAGCAGCAGCAGCAGCACGACUAGUUGCAGUGGUGGAGAGGCAAGUGACAGGUGCAAGAGACAGAGGGGAGGGGGGAUGAUGGGCUGGUUGAGUAGGAGCCUGGUGUGUGUGUCCCGGCAUGGCAUCCAUGUGAAAUAGUGUAAUAGGAAUUUUGUAAUAAUGUGCUUGUGUACAAAUGAUGUCACAAUAGAAAAGAAACAGGUGU